AAUUUCUUAGCAUAAAAUGCUGAUAAAAGUGGGAUCUCUACUCUUGACCAAGUGUAAUUUUGUUGUAAAUUGAAUUGUGUGCUCUUCCCGCGCCUGGUCAGGUGAUAUUGUCAGUCGAUUUCCCAACGGCUGCACCUCCGCAUUUAACACCUCCCAACCCACUGUGCAAGCUGGAGAAGAAGCGGUUCCUCAUCCGAAGUAAGCCGCGCAUGCGCACAGAUUAGCAUAGGCAAACAAAAGAACCGCCGGCGAGCAUAACCGAAUGUGGGUUAUUAUGAAAUCGCAGCCGAAUCGAUGAUGCUGCUCUGGUCGCUCUGGUCGCUCUGUCCAUCAAUGGCUUCUAAUUGGGCCCGCCAUCUCAUUCCGAUCGACCCAUCGAUUUUUUGGGGGUAUAAAUUUGCGUGCUCCGUCAGCGAUUGGAAUUAGUUUGGUCAGCUGUUUGAAACCGAUUGUAUCCCAUUCGCUACUCGAGAUGAAACCCUUUGCCUGCAUCCUGGUGAUCCUUGCCGCCAUCCUGUCCGUCGGACAGGCCACCCUGGGCGGUCUCCUUGGCGGCGGCGGCGGCGGCGGUGGCGGCGGCGGCAUUGGACAGCUGCUGCAGGGCAAGCUGGGCGGUCUCGGCGGAGGAUUGGGCGGCGGACUGGGCGGCGGACUGGGCGGUCUGAGCGGUGGUCUUGGCGGCAAGCUCGGCGGCGGUGGCGGCGGCGGCGGCUACUCCGGUGGCUACUCCAACGGUGGCGGCUACUCAGGCGGCGGUGGAUACUCCGGCGGCGGUGGCUACUCCGGCGGUGGCGGAUACGCCGCCCCUGCUCCCAGGCCCGUUGAGAAGGUGGUCAUCGUGAAGGUCAUUAACGAGGGCUACUCCGGCGCUCCAUCUGGUGGCUACUCUGGCGGCUACUCCGGCGGCUACUCUGGCGGCUACUCCGGCGCUCAGUCUGGUGGCUACUCUGGUGGCUACACCGGCGGUUACUCCGGUGGCGCUCAGUCCGGCGGCUGGAACAAGGGCUGGUAAACGUUGAGCAAGCCAAAAUGGGCCAACUAUAAAUAGUUCAAACUGCCAAACAGAAAGCCAAGCAGCCUAGGAUUUAAUUUUUUUUUUUAAUAUUUUUUAGCGGUAUUUGUUUGUUAGAAUUUAUACAAUAUACAAGAAAAGAAUUUCCAUUUUAAA